AUGAACGUCCUCAAGUUGCAGAGGAAGUUUCCUCAGUUUCCCCAAAACGAAAUCUUCUCCUUGUCCGACGCCUUCCAGCGCCUCGACGUUGACGACAAGGGCUACCUCGACGAAGCCACGGCCAUCAAGGCCACUCAGCAGAGCGAGAACCAGCCCUACGAUGUCGUCCGACAGGCCCUCAAGGAAGUCGAGCUGGACUCGUCGCGGCGCGUAGAGCUUGAAGACUACGUCGGCCUCAUCGCCAAGCUCCGCGACGCUUCCCCGGCGCAGAAGCGCCUCUCGGCCGGACCCACGCCAUCGAGCCCCGGCGUCGUUUCGCAGCGCACCGGAGGCGGCGGCGGCCAUGUCUCCAAGGGCAGCGUCGGCGGAAAGAUUCAAGUCCAGGGCUCCAGCGCCAACGUCACCCACACCAUCAACGAAGAUGAGCGGACCGAGUUCACGCGCCACAUCAAUGCCGUCCUCGCAGGCGAUGCCGACAUUGAUAGCCGCCUUCCCUUCCCCACCGAUACCUUUGAGAUGUUUGACGAGUGCAAGGACGGUCUGGUUCUCGCCAAGCUCAUCAAUGACAGCGUCCCCGACACCAUUGACGAGCGUGUCCUGAACGUGCCGGGCCGCAAGAUCAAGACCCUCAAUGCCUUCCACAUGACCGAGAACAACAACAUCGUCAUCGAGUCCGCCAAGGGUAUUGGCUGCUCCGUCGUCAACAUUGGCGCCGGCGACAUCAUUGAGGUCCGCGAGCAUCUCAUCCUCGGCCUCAUCUGGCAGAUUAUCCGCCGCGGUCUGCUGGGCAAGAUCGACAUCAAGCUCCACCCCGAGCUCUACCGGUUGCUGGAGGAGGACGAGACGCUGGAGCAGUUCCUGCGCCUGCCCCCGGAGCAGAUUCUCCUUCGCUGGUUCAACUACCACCUCAAGGCUGCCAACUGGUCGCGGAGAGUGACCAACUUCUCUAGCGACAUCAAGGACGGCGAAAACUACUCCGUGCUCCUCGCGCAAAUAGGCCACGAGUACGGCUGCACCCGGAAGCCGCUGCAGACGACCGACCUGCUCCAGCGGGCGGAGCAGGUUCUCCAGGAGUCGGAGAAGCUCGACUGCCGCAAGUUCCUGACGCCCAAGUCGCUCGUCGCCGGAAACCCCAAGCUCAACCUCGCCUUCGUCGCCAACCUCUUCAACAACCACCCGUGCCUCGACCCCAUUACGGAAGAGGAGAAGCUCGAGGUGGAGGACUUUGAUGCGGAAGGCGAGCGCGAGGCCCGCGUCUUCACGCUUUGGCUCAACAGCCUGGACGUGCAGCCCGCGGUGGUGUCCUUCUUCGAGGACCUCAAGGACGGCACGAUCCUCCUCCAGGCGUACGACAAGGUGAUCAAGGGCUCGGUCAACUGGCGGCACGUCAACAAGCGGCCCGCCCACGGCGGCGAGAUGUCGCGCUUCAAGGCCGUCGAGAACACCAACUACGCCAUCGAGCUGGGCAAGCAGAACGGCUUCUCCCUGGUCGGCAUCCAGGGCGCCGACGUCACCGACGGGCAGAAGACGCUGACGCUCGGCCUCGUCUGGCAGCUCAUGCGCAGGGACAUUACGCUCACCCUGUCGUCGCUCGCGCAGAAGCUCGGCAAGCGCGAAAUCACCGACGCCGAGAUGGUCAAGUGGGCCAACGACAUGUCGCGCAAGGGCGGCCGCAACUCGGCCAUCCGCUCCUUCAAGGACCCGUCCAUCGGCUCCGGCGUCUUCCUGCUCGACGUGCUCAACGGCAUGAAGAGCAGCUACGUCGACUACGACCUCGUCACCCCGGGCCAGUCCGACGAGGACGCCUACAUGAACGCCAAGCUCAGCAUCAGCAUCGCCCGAAAGCUCGGCGCCACCAUCUGGCUGGUGCCCGAGGAUAUCUGCCAGGUCCGCAGCCGCCUGGUCACGACGUUCAUCGGUUCUCUCAUGGCCACUUACGAGAAGAUGUAG